CGUAGACGGCGGGCGCUGAUAACGCUGCUAUUUAUUCCGCACGCACGCCCGGCUCUCGGCUUAACCUCUUCGCCGCGUGCAGCCCGGAAUGCAUCAUCGUCGGACCCACGAGCGACUAUUGAUCGGCCGGCCGACAGUGCGCCAGCGCAAGUCGAGCCGCCGCGCCGGACGAGGAGAGGCAUUCACGAGCGCGAGCCGCCCUCGGCCUUAGUGCGUUUGCUCGACAUUCGGCUGCCGUAAUGCCCGUCGUCACACGGAAGCGCCCUUAGACCCUGCCAUAAUGUCCGGUGUAAGACAGGGAUUAUAUCGGCUUCGCGACGCUGCCGGAGCAAGUGCACCGGAAAUCGGUGAAGAGGGGCUUCGAGUUCACCCUGAUGGUAUUGGGUGAGACCGGUCUCGGCAAGUCGACGCUCAUAAACAGCCUCUUCCUCGGGGACCUGUACAAAGACCGGCGAAUUCCGGAUGCGGCGGAGCGGGUGGCUAAGACCACCUCUAUCGAGAAGAAGACAAUGGAUAUAGAGGAGCGCGGCGUCCGGCUCCGCCUAACGAUCGUAGACACGCCAGGGUUCGGCGACUCGGUAAAUUGCGAGGACACGUGGAAAGCGUGCUCGGCUUACAUCGACGAGCAGUUCCGCCAGUAUUUCACGGACGAAAGCGGAUUAAAUAGGAAAAAUAUUCAAGAUAACAGGGUGCACUGUUGCCUGUACUUUAUACCGCCGUACGGCCACGGCCUCAGGCAGAUCGAUCUCGAGGUGUUAAGGCGCUUACAUCGGAAAGUUAACGUCGUUCCCGUAAUCGCGAAAGCGGACACUCUAACCACUCACGAGGUGAAGAAGCUGAAGGAGCGCAUUUUGGCGGACAUCGAGGAGCACGAGAUUCAGAUAUACCAAUUCCCGGAUUGCGACAGCGACGAGGACGAGGAGUUCAAGCAGCAGGACAAGGAGCUCAAGGCCUGCAUACCGUUCGCGGUCGUCGGAAGUUCGACGGUGCUGGAGGUGGCCGGGAGGAAGGUUCGCGGCCGACAAUAUCCGUGGGGCGUAGUGGAAGUCGAGAACCCGAAGCACAGCGACUUCGUCAAACUAAGGACGAUGCUAAUAUCGACGCACAUGCAGGAUCUCAAGGACGUCACGCAGGACGUUCACUACGAGAAUUUCCGGGCCCAAUGCAUUUCCCAAAUUUCGCAGCAAGCGAUCCGGGAACGGAGGUAUUUACGCAUCAAACUGAAAAGAGAUUCCGGACCGCACUUCGAGAACAGCAUAUCCGACACGGACAGGCUUCUUUUGCAGAAGGACGAGGAGAUACGAAGGAUGCAAGAUAUCCUGGCGCAGAUGCAGGAGAAGCUCAAGGCGACCGGUCAGACCGGCGGUGUCGGGCUGCGAGGCCGCGUGGGUAGCCUCGGCAACGACCUCGAUUCCGCGGACGUGGAGAAGAAGCGCAACAGUAUUAUAGACGUUUGAAGCCGUACACCAUUCUCGGGGUAUCAUUCACCGGAAUGUGCAGUCACCCCACCCGAGAGAUCUGUACAUACUUUGUUCGGCGAGUCCCGCCUCGACGAAUCCUCCCCCCAGUGCAGUUUUACGUAAAGGCAUUGUCGAGAACGUAUACUAAUUUCAGUAUACGAUUCUCUACGUUGGAAAUUAUAUAAAUUUUUUAAUUCUAUUCGCCCCCACGACAUAAUUGUAGGGGCGCAUUUAUCAUUCAACACUUUAUUGACACUUGUCAUAUUGAACGUUCGAUUCUAUAUAACGAACGAGAUUUAAAGGCGAUUCAUUAAAUUCGAGCGAGAUAAAUCUGCCUCGCUCCGCGGUAGAAUUAGCUAAUUAUUGCGAUUAUUGAUUUCUACUCUCGAUCACGCGCUAUCUUGUGUCGUUGUUCUUUCUAAAAUUUUUGAGAGUGAAAUAUUUCCCUCCGCACGGAGAAUUUUCUCUUGAAAUUUACCCCCUGAAAAUUAUGCGAUCGCGGGACAACAUUGCGUUUUGAACAACUUUACGAGAGUUUUCUGAAAGUAAAAUGUACGGUAAACUCGCCAAUAAAUGUGCUGUUACUAGUAAAAUGUUACUAGUAAAAUGUAUGGUAAAAUUUCAAAAGCUCAUAAAGUUCUUCAGAACG